GCGUCCGGCUCAACCGUGUCAUCAGGAUGCCGCGAGCGGCUCUUCUGUGUUUUGUGUGGCUGUUCAUAAGUCCGAGUGUACUGUGCAGCGAUUGCGUCUCAUUCAACUUCGAGAAUGACUUUGAAACGCAAUUUGAUCCGGGAAAAGGAAUUUGUGGUGAUAAUGCCUUCCUGGUACCUUGGACACUUGCAAAUUACUCCUCAAUAGCCGUAGAAAGCCCUCAUCCUCUAUCCGAGUCCUUUAUCACUCCAGCAAUUUCAAUGAGUUGCGUCGCAUCGUCCACCUUUCUUAUGAGUGUUGAUGGUGUAAUUGAAAUCAACUUGUACAUGGACAAUGAACCCAUGGUCAAACAGCUGAUUAUCGUAAUUCAGGAAUUGAAUGACAAUGGGAACUAUGGCACCAUUAAUACGGUGGUGUAUUCGUCGAUGGAUGCAAGCUUCAUCCCUGGAUGGGCGUCACUGAGGAUUGACGUUGAUCAUGCCACAGAGGACCAAUUUGAUGGUCAUAUAGUACUGAUGGGUAUGGCAUCAGCCGGAUCAGUGGUGUUGGUCGACUCCUUCCGGUACAUCCCAUCAUCAACAAACGAAGAUGACUGCGAGAUAUACACAGAGAGAACAACGCUUGCACCCACUACCAUAACGGAAUCCGAAACUGACAGCGACAGCGAAGAGGAUGCUGAGAAUGGCCCAUCGACCCCUGGAGUAACUGACAGUGACAGCGAAGAGGAUGCUGAAAAUGGCCCAUCGACCCCUGGAGUAACUGACAGUGACAGCGAAGAGGAUGCUGAGAUUGGUCCAUCGACCCCUGGAGUAACUGACAGUGACAGCGAAGAGGAUGCUGAAAAUAGCCCUUCGACCCCCGGAGUAACUGACAGUGACAGCGAAGAGGAUGCUGAAAAUGGCCCAUCGACCCCUGGAGUAACUGACAGUGACAGCGAAGAGGAUGCUGAAAAUGGCCCAUCGACCCCUGGAGUAACUGACAGUGACAGCGAAGAGGAUGCUGACAUUGGCCCAUCGACCCCUGGAGUAACUGACAGUGACAGCGAAGAGGAUGCUGACAUUGGCCCAUCGACCCCUGGAGUAACUGACAGUGACAGCGAAGAGGAUGCUGAAAAUGGCCCAUCGACCCCCGGAGUAACUGACAGUGACAGCGAAGAGGAUGGUGAAAAUGGCCCAUCGACCCCCGGAGUAACUGACAGUGACAGCGAAGAGGAUGGUGAAAAUGGCCCAUCGACCCCUGGAGUAACUGACAGUGACAGCGAAGAGGAUUCUGAAAAUGGCCCAUCGACCCCUGGAGUAACUGACAGUGACAGCGAAGAGGAUGCUGACAAUGGCCCAUCGACCCCUGGAGUAACUGACAGUGACAGCGAAGAGAAUGCUGAAAAUGGCCCAUCGACCCCUGGAGUAACUGACAGUGACAGCGAAGAGGAUGCUGACAUUGGCCCAUCGACCCCUGGAGUAACUGACAGUGACAGCGAAGAGGAUGCUGACAUUGGCCCAUCGACCCCUGGAGUAACUGACAGUGACAGCGAAGAGGAUGCUGAAAAUGGCCCAUCGACCCCCGGAGUAACUGACAGUGACAGCGAAGAGGAUGCUGAAAAUGGCCCAUCGACCCCCGGAGUAACUGACAGUGACAGCGAAGAGGACGCUGAAAAUGGCCCAUCGACCCCCGGAGUAACUGACAGUGACAGCGAAGAGGAUGCUGAAAAUGGCCCAUCGACCCCCGGAGUAACUGACAGUGACAGCGAAGAGGAUGCUGAAAAUGGCCCAUCGACCCCCGGAGUAACUGACAGUGACAGCGAAGAGGAUGCUGAAAAUGGCCCAUCGACCCCCGGAGUAACUGACAGUGACAGCGAAGAGGAUGCUGAAAAUGGCCCAUCGACCCCUGGAGUAACUGACAGUGACAGCGAAGAGGAUGCUGAAAAUGGCCCAUCGACCCCUGGAGUAACUGACAGUGACAGCGAAGAGGAUGCUGAAAAUGGCCCAUCGACCCCUGGAGUAACUGACAGUGACAGCGAAGAGGAUGCUGAAAAUGGCCCAUCGACCCCUGGAGUAACUGACAGUGACAGCGAAGAGGAUGCUGAAAAUGGCCCAUCGACCCCUGGAGUAACUGACAGUGACAGCGAAGAGGAUGUUGAAAAUGGCCCAUCGACCCCCGGAGUAACUGACAGUGACAGCGAAGAGGAUGCUGACAUUGGCCCAUCGACCCCUGGAGUAACUGACAGUGACAGCGAAGAGGAUGCUGAAAAUGGCCCAUCGACUCCUGGAGUAACUGAUAGUGACAGCGAAGAGGAUGCUGAAAAUGGCCCAUCGACCCCUGGAGUAACUGACAGUGACAGCGAAGAGGAUGCUGAAAAUGGCCCAUCGACCCCUGGAGUAACUGACAGUGACAGCGAAGAGGAUGCUGAAAAUGGCCCAUCGACCCCUGGAGUAACUGACAGUGACAGCGAAGAGGAUGCUGAAAAUGGCCCAUCGACCCCCGGAGUAACUGACAGUGACAGCGAAGAGGAUGCUGAAAAUGGCCCAUCGACCCCUGGAGUAACUGACAGUGACAGCGAAGAGGAUGCUGAAAAUGGCCCAUCGACCCCUGGAGUAACUGACAGUGACAGCGAAGAGGAUGCUGAAAAUGGCCCAUCGACCCCUGGAGUAACUGACAGUGACAGCGAAGAGGAUGCUGAAAAUGGCCCAUCGACCCCUGGAGUAACUGACAGUGACAGCGAAGAGGAUGCUGAAAAUGGCCCAUCGACCCCUGGAGUAACUGACAGUGACAGCGAAGAGGAUGCUGAAAAUGGCCCAUCGACCCCUGGAGUAACUGACAGUGACAGCGAAGAGGAUGUUGAAAAUGGCCCAUCGACCCCCGGAGUAACUGACAGUGACAGCGAAGAGGAUGCUGACAUUGGCCCAUCGACCCCUGGAGUAACUGACAGUGACAGCGAAGAGGAUGCUGAAAAUGGCCCAUCGACUCCUGGAGUAACUGAUAGUGACAGCGAAGAGGAUGCUGAAAAUGGCCCAUCGACCCCUGGAGUAACUGACAGUGACAGCGAAGAGGAUGCUGAAAAUGGCCCAUCGACCCCUGGAGUAACUGACAGUGACAGCGAAGAGGAUGCUGAAAAUGGCCCAUCGACCCCUGGAGUAACUGACAGUGACAGCGAAGAGGAUGCUGACAUUGGCCCAUCGACCCCUGGAGUAACUGACAGUGACAGCGAAGAGGAUGCUGACAUUGGCCCAUCGACCCCUGGAGUAACUGACAGUGACAGCGAAGAGGAUGCUGAAAAUGGCCCAUCGACCCCUGGAGUAACUGACAGUGACAGCGAAGAGGAUGCUGAAAAUGGCCCAUCGACCCCUGGAGUAACUGACAGUGACAGCGAAGAGGAUGCUGACAUUGGCCCAUCGACCCCUGGAGUAACUGACAGUGACAGCGAAGAGGAUGCUGACAUUGGCCCAUCGACCCCUGGAGUAACUGACAGUGACAGCGAAGAGGAUGCUGAGAUUGGCCCAUCGACCCCUGGAGUAACUGACAGUGACAGUGAAGAGGAUGCUGACAUUGGCCCGUCGACCCCUGGAGUAACUGACAGUGACAGCGAAGAGGAUGCUGACAUUGGCCCGUCGACCCCCGGAGUAACUGACAGUGACAGCGAAGAGGAUGCAGAAAAUGGCCCAUCGACUCCUGGAGUAACUGACAGUGACAGCGAAGAGGAUGCUGACAUUGGCCCGUCGACCCCUGGAGUAACUGACAGUGACAGCGAAGAGGAUGCUGAAAAUGGCCCAUCGACCCCCGGAGUAACUGACAGUGACAGCGAAGAGGAUGCUGAAAAUGGCCCAUCGACCCCCGGAGUAACUGACAGUGACAGCGAAGAGGAUGCUGACAUUGGCCCAUCGACCCCUGGAGUAACUGACAGUGACAGCGAAGAGGAUGCUGAAAAUGGCCCAUCGACCCCCGGAGUAACUGACAGUGACAGCGAAGAGGAUGCUGAAAAUGGCCCAUCGACCCCUGGAGUAACUGACAGUGACAGCGAAGAGGAUGCUGACAUUGGCCCAUCGACCCCUGGAGUAACUGACAGUGACAGCGAAGAGGAUGCUGAAAAUGGCCCAUCGACCCCUGGAGUAACUGACAGUGACAGCGAAGAGGAUGCUGACAUUGGCCCAUCGACCCCUGGAGUAACUGACAGUGACAGCGAAGAGGAUGCUGAAAAUGGCCCAUCGACCCCCGGAGUAACUGACAGUGACAGCGAAGAGGAUGCUGAAAAUGGCCCAUCGACCCCCGGAGUAGAUGCUGAGAUUGGCCCAUCGACCCCUGGAGUAACUGACAGUGACAGUGAAGAGGAUGCUGACAUUGGCCCGUCGACCCCUGGAGUAACUGACAGUGACAGCGAAGAGGAUGCUGACAUUGGCCCGUCGACCCCCGGAGUAACUGACAGUGACAGCGAAGAGGAUGCAGAAAAUGGCCCAUCGACUCCUGGAGUAACUGACAGUGACAGCGAAGAGGAUGCUGACAUUGGCCCGUCGACCCCUGGAGUAACUGACAGUGACAGCGAAGAGGAUGCUGAAAAUGGCCCAUCCACCCCCGGAGUAACUGACAGUGACAGCGAAGAGGAUGCUGAAAAUGGCCCAUCGACCCCCGGAGAUGCUGAAAAUGGCCCAUCGACCCCCGGAGUAACUGACAGUGACAGCGAAGAGGAUGCUGAGAUUGGCCCAUCGACCCCUGGAGUAACUGACGGUGAUAAUGGUGAUGAAGGGGAUGGCGUCACUGGAUCUACAACCCUUGUGACUGACGUUGACGGCGAAGGGGAUGGCGACGAUGAUGGUGAAGGGGAUGGUGUCACUGGAUCUACAACCACAGUGACUGACGUUGACGGCGAAGGGGAUGGUGAUAAUGGCGGUGAAGGGGAUGGUGACAAUGGUGGCGAAGGGGAUGGUGUCACUGGAUCUACAACCACAGUGACUGACUUUGACGGUGAAGGAGAUGGUAAUUCUAGCACGACACCACUGUGGACGAACACUGUUGACGAAGAUUUCACAGGAACCGUCACUGAAACAUGGUCAACUGCCGGAGAUAACACAACCGAAGAUGUCACCACUGCUGACCCUACUGAUGAGAGCUCAUCAAAUAAUCCAGGCUUCUGGAACCCCUUCACAAUUACCAUGGUGGCCGUUAUAUCAGCUACAGUACUUUUCUUAUUGUGCCUUGUGUUCUAUCAACUUGGCAAACUAGCGGCUAGAAGGCGAUCGCCACCAGUGAUCGUCCAAGAAAUCGAUUACGACAAUUUGCCCAGAUCCAUGACUGUUCCAAGAGCUAGAGUAUACACUGACGUUGGUGUGAACCCUUUUAGAAACAGUAUACUAGCUGUUUGA